CCUAUUAUUCCUUUUUUUAAAUGGACAGGUUAUCAUGCGUCAGUGCCCGUGGGAGUAAGCAACGUGUUUCAAAGUGCUGCCAUGAACUACCUUGAUACCAUGGUACCACCGGGAGGUUUUAUUCCGAAAACUUUCGACAGUUCAAAACAUGGUUGUAACUCCAGCAACUCGGACGAGAUGGAUAAAUGGAGAACCUGCAACACGUAUUGGAAUUCCGACGAAUUAUUUGAGAAUGCUACCCCGUUUAAUAUCGUGUAUGGUAUGAUGGGUCAGAUGGCGGAAUCUGAGGAUCACAUUAUAUCCGAAGAUCUUCGAAAUUCCUUUCACGGUUCAAUGGAGUUUUCAAGAACUGACAAAGUUGCAACAAUUAUACAGCUUCUUGAAAGAUUGCAUUCUCUUCAUGGGGGAUCUCCAAGUAACAUGGAUAUCUAUGUGGGCGGUAUGCUUGAGAGCAAAGAUGGAAGACCGGGUGAACUUUUCCGAUCCAUUAUCCUUGAGCAAAUGGUCAGGUUGCGAGACGGGGAUCGAUUCUGGUUCGAAAACUUGAAUAAUGGGUUGUUCACUGUUGACCAAGUUAACGGCAUCUUUAACGUAACUUUCCUUGAUGUUUUGUUACGAACCUACCCGGAGCUAAAUCUUGCUGGAAAUACAGCUUUCAAUCCAUUUAUUUGGAGUGAAGAGAGCAACAAGCAUAUAUGUAGGCAGCCAUACCAGAUGACAGGGGAUAACAUGACAUCAUGCACUACAAUGCAACGACAGGAUGAUUUCAAUCACAACCAAAUAUCAUUUCUUGCUAUCUUUUGUGGAGUUGUGUUUUUCGCAAUUGCCUGUGUCAUCUUUAUGAUAUAUGUUGGAUCUUGGAAAGAGGACAAAAGAAACAAAGAAAAGACAAAAACAACAUCGACUUAUUCUGAACAAGAUGCAUUUACAGCAAAAGAAAUUCUUGGAAGAAAAAGGCAUGAACGUAAAGAUGUGCAGGUUGUCCUUGGACCAGAACGAGAUAUACAAGUUAUCACACAGGAAAAUAACACAACUCAUAUUACUCAUAUAACUGAAAGUGAAGAGGUGGUCAUAAUGUACACAGACUCUGGAAAAAGGAAAAAGAUGUUGUUGAGAUGCGCGAAAAGAACUUAUGACUUGAUUCUUGCAUUUACUGGAUCAUCAGAACGCGACAUAUUUCUAACAAAGCUUCGUUUAUUUUUCAAACAAAAUGAUAUACUUUGGAAGGAAAGAGCAAUCCAUGAGAAACAUUUCUUUGAGGAAGCAAACACAAAAGACGAACGAGACACUGAGUUAUCAAACUUUUACCAAGCUGUUAUUGCACAAUCAAUGAGAAUGGAAUUUGGGAUUCAAAUCUCUAGUUUUCCUGAAAAUCUGGUCGAUAUCAAAUUAAGCCAAGAAGAAUUUGCUUCUCUUCUUCAAAUGAAAUCCUCUUCUUUGUUUGUUCAACAUAUCUUUACCACGGCUGACGAAGAUCAAGAUGGAUUUAUUUCUUUCCAUGACUUCAGAAAGAUCAUUGUCUUGUUUGUGAAAGGAUCACCAAAUGAGAAGUUAAGAUUACUUUUUGAUAUGUUUGAUUUAAACCAAAACGGAUCUUUGACGAAACAACAGUUUAAAGAAAUGUGUGUGUGCACGGCUGACACUUAUCAGAGCACUGUAGAUCAAAAUGUUCUUGAAAACGUGUUGAGCAAAGUAGUUCCUCUAAAAAAUGACGAAGAAAUUCAGUAUCUUAAGUUUGACGACUUUAAGAAACUGAUGGACUUACCAGAAAUGGAUGAAGCUAUGCUGAACUUAACUGCACCAGGAAAAAAUAAGAAAAGUUUAGCAAAAUCUUCUAAGAAUGAGCGGCCCAAUAGAGGAAAUUUUAUCCAAUCACCAAAUGUUUCUACUGUGGAAAAUGUGAUGCCAGAUGUCUAUUUUCAAAAUAGCAGUAAAUUCCGUCUUGCAUACCGUGCCAUUAGAAGAUUGUUUGAAUGUUAUGCACUCCACAUAUUCUGGACUUCAUUAUAUAUUUGGAUCACAAUCGGGGUCUUUCUUUGGGCAUUCAAUUCAGUUCGAAGCAAUAAAGCAGCUGGACUUGGAGUUAUUGCUGGUAAUGCCCUUCCACUUGCAAGAGCAUCUGCAGCAGCUUUGAUGUUCAAUAUAUCAACUCUUUUACUGACAAUGUGCAAAAACAUUUUAACUUUUUUAAGAGAAACUCAGCUUCAUUUGUAUAUUCCUUUUGAUGCAGCUGUUGCAUUUCAUAAGCUAGUAGCAUGGAUGGCACUCUUUUUCACUGCUUUACAUAUCAUAGCCCAUGGAAUCAACUUUUAUUCAAUCCAAACUCAAACUCCAUCAGAUCUUCUCUGUUUGUUCAGAGACCUUUGGUUCCCCAGUGAUUACCAACCUACUUUUGUGUUCUGGUGUUUGCAAACAUUGACUGGCAACACUGGUGUAUUACUGACUAUUAUAUUUAUUGUCAUGUAUGUAUUUUCUCUUGACUACCCCAGGCAAGUGAUGUUCAAUUGGUUUCAAUGGAUUCAUUUCUUUGGUUAUAUCUCAGUUUACUUUUUCACUGUGCUUCAUGGAAGUGGAAUGCUCAUUCAGAUACCCAGUUUCUAUUACUAUUUUCUGGUGCCGGCCAUUUUGUAUACAUUUGAUAAGCUGUACAGUGUGUAUAGAAAGAAGCUUCAAUUGCCUGUUAUAAAAGCUGAAAUCCUGCCUUCAGAUGUUGUAUAUUUGGAGUUUGUAAGACCUUCUGAUUUUUACUACAAGGCUGGCCAAUGGGUACGCAUUGCAUGCGUUGGAUUGUCAAAAUGGGAAUACCAUCCAUUUACACUAUCCUCUUCACCUGAUGAAGAAACUCUUCAGCUUCAUAUAAGAGCUGUUGGGCCUUGGACAAGAAACAUUCGCAAUAUUUACAAAGAAGGGGAACCUUAUCCAAAGCUUUAUGUGGAUGGGCCAUUUGGUGAAGGCCAUCAGGAUUGGUAUAAAUAUGAAGUAGCAGUGUUAGUUGGGGGUGGUAUUGGUGUCACUCCAUUUGCAUCUAUUCUAAAAGAUCUUGUCAAUAAAUCUACUGUUGGGGUUGGCAUUCCAUGCAAAUCUGUGUAUUUUUUGUGGGUUGCUCGUGACCAAAGGCAGUUCGAAUGGUUAUUGGAUAUCAUUGAAGAAACGGAAAAAAAUGAUGCUUUAGGAAUUCUAAGCACUCACAUAUUUAUUACCGAAAUACCAAAUAAAUUUGAUCUCAGGACAACUAUGCUUUAUGUUUGUGAACAGCACUUCAAAAAAGUAUCAGAAAAAUCAAUGUUCACUGGUUUGAAUGCUGUCACACACUUUGGGAGACCUAACUUUCCUGACUUUUUAAAGACACUGUCAUGGAAGCAUUCUGAAGUAAAAAAGAUUGGUGUUUUCAGCUGUGGUCCCCCUUCAAUGACAGAGAGUGUUGAAUCUGCCUGUUUAAAAGCCAACAAACACAAGGGCCCAAUGUAUGCCCAUCACUUUGAAAACUUUUAACUAGUGCCAUGAGAGUAUUGUCUUUUAUUUAAACACGCGUUUUUUUAUGUAAUUUUGUUUAUGCUGUGAGUGUGAGCACUUUCUUCAUUUGGUUAAUAAUUCACACAUUUUUGCAAUAAAACUGUAUUUGUAUCAAAAUGACACUUUAAUACAUUAUCGUGCUGGAAAGCGACUCAUUUCAUCAUAGCAAACUGUCGAACAGUUUCCUAAAACGCUUUUCUAUUGCUUGCAUUAGUAAGGUCGAAACCUUUGUGAUCGUUAAUAUGUUUCUAUGAAAUACGAACUUCUUUACUAGGGAAA